AUGGAAUCUGAAAUCAACAUGCGACAAAGUAUCAAGAGAAAGAGAGAUUAUUAUAGUCCACUGAGUCGCAAGAGUGAUGAAACCUUUCUUGAUCUAUUGAUUGGAGCUCUGAAUAAUGAUAAAAGAUGUGACGACGAUGAACAGUUCAAACAAUAUAUGUUGAAAUGGAGUAUGGAAAAAAUGGAGGAAGAUUUGGGAGAAAAAUAUCCUCAUCAUAAACCUAAGUUAAAAGCAUAUAUUGAAUGGGUAAAUGAGAGGUUAAGGACAGUUUAUGGAAUAGUUUGUGAUAUGAAAAAGCAAAGUGGGUUCGGCUGGGAUGACGAGAAAAAAAUGAUUAAGGUGGAUAGUGAUCAAGUGUGGAAAGAGUAUGUAAAGAGAGAUCCGCGAGCAACGUAUUUUAGGAAUACUCCGAUCCCACUUUUUGAUAAGCUUGCUCGUGUUUUUGGAAAAAAUCAUGCUAGUGGUAAAGAACUUGGUAACUCUAGUUCAAAUGUUGAGAUGAUAAAGGAGGAACAAAAGGAUUCUGCUUGUGGUAAAGAACCUACUAGUACUAACCCUAGUGCUAAUUUUGAGAUGAUAGAUAAACAAGAGGAGGAACAAAAUGAUCAUGCUUGUGGUAAAGAACCUGCUAACACUAGUGCUAAUGUUGAGAUGAUGAUAGAUAAACAAGAGGAGGAACGAAAUGAACAUCCUGCUAGUGGUCACGAACCUGCUAACUCUAGUGUUAAUGUUGAGAUGAUAGAUAAACAAGAGGAGGAACAAAGUGAUCAUGCUUGUUUUAAAGAACCUGCUCACACUAGUGUUAAUGUUGAGAUGAUAGAUGAUAAACAAGAGGAGGAACAAAGCGAUCCUGCUAGUGGUAAAGAACCAGCUAACCCUAGUGCUAAUGUUGAGAUGAUAGAUGAUAAACAAGAGGAGGAACAAAAUGGUCGUGCUAAUGGUCAAGAUCUUGCACACUCUAGUGCUAACGUUGAGGUGGUAGGUAAACAAGAAGAGGAACAAAACCAUCUUACCAGUGGUAAAGAACCUGCUAACUCUAUUGCUAAUGUUGAGAUGAUAGAUAAACAAGAGGAGGAACAAAGGGAUCAUGCCAGUGGUAAAGAACCUGCUAACUCUAUUGCUAAUGUUGAGAUGAUAGAUAAACAAGAGGAGGAACAAAGGGAUCAUGCCAGUGGUAAAGAACCUGCUAGCCCUAGUGGUAAAGAACUUGCUAACUCUAGUACUAAUGUUGAGAUGAUAGAUAAACAAGAGGAGGAACAAAGGGAUCAUGCCAGUGGUAAAGAACCUGCUAACCCUAGUGUUGAUGUUGGGAUCAUAGAUAGACAAGAGGAGGAACAAAAUGACAAUGAGGAGGAUGAAGUCGAAAUGACUCUAUUAACACCUAUAAAACAUGGUUGUAUGGAGGGUCCGUCAAAGAAAAGAAAUGAAGGAGAAAAUGCAAUUGCUGAUGGUAUAUUCGAGUUUGAAAAGACUAUCAAGGGGUUGCUUGAAAAACACAUAGAACAAUUGGGUGCAGUUGUAAAUCGUCUAAGAGUUGAUAAAGAUAUAUAUGAUGAUUCCAGGAAAGUGAUGAAUGAGCUAACAGAAAUGGGGUUAACAGAACAAGAGUAUUUUACUGCGGCUGAUAGAAUAUUAUCAAUGCCACACCGAUUACACAUAUUUUGGGGUUGUAAUGAUGUUAAGCGUCUUGCAUUUGUUAAGUGGUUAAUCCAUCACUCUUAG